AUGCCGUCACUUGACACGCGGGAUGCAGUGAAGCACUAUGAGCUGCGUCACAACGUCUUCUUGCAGAGUAUUCUCCCCGGGGGCCUCCUCUCGUCUCUGGAACUGAAGGAGCGUUGUGAGACUCUUUUGGUGCCGCGACAGGUCUCGCUCGAGGUGGCGCAUAUUGCCCCGUACUUUCUAGCCACUGCACAGCGUCCAUCUACCGAAUCGAGCGCCAAAGCCGCACCACCGCUUUCAGUGCUCUUUGGUGAGGAACAUGACGCGGCAGAGAGGGGCGGGUCGCCCAAUCAGGGUACGGACGCCGCGAAGGAUGAGGGGCGGAUCGGCAGUGUGACGUUCCCGCCAGAGAACAGGGACGCUUUUAGGGCUGCCCUCACUCGGUUUCUCGAGUAUCACCUCCUGCACUUCGACGGCUUUGGAAAUUCCGAGUUCACCAACCUUUGCGGCCAGCGCGGCUCCUUCGCCGAGGAUCUGGGCCAUGUGAAACGGUUCGGCCACUUUGGCCAGGUUGCGGUCCUCGCUGAUGCCGAUGCACUACGACCAAGGGGUAGCGGUGCGAGUGCUGACGGUACCGCAGCAGCCGCGGACGAUCUUCCACGCCAUCCGUCGUCUCUGCAAAUCUUCAUAAUUGACAAGCCGUUGAUGGACUCUGAUGAAGUGCGCCUCGUCCGGGAGACGCUGCACAAGCUCACAGUGUCUGCAGUUUUCAAAAUCGAGGCGAAGAUGAUGGCGCCAACGCUCACGACCAGUCUGGUAGACAUACCGUUUUUGAUGGGAAACCAGGACGCUGGUCCCUUGACGGCGCACAUGAACCUAUCGUCGGAACAGUACGCUCUAUCGGCACCCUCAGCGGCCCGCGUUGUGACGGCAAUCGCAGCAGACGCGACGGAUACCAACUCCUGUGACGGGUCCGUUACCGAAACGGUCGCGAUUGAGGACUUCGAAGAUGAGCCGCCGGAGGAUCCUGAUCUAGAAGCCUACGUGGCCAAGUACACGCACAUUAGCGAGCGGCAGCGUCAACGCAGCGAAUCGACUCUCUCGGAGAGGAAAACGUUGUACAGUGGCGGCACUGCCAACGUUCAAGAUGAAGUAAUUGGAGGAACGCCUUUGUCGUACUCGCUCCCCUCUGUGGGCCGGCACCAGGAAGUUGCUGUAGACGCUGCUGACUGCCCUUCAAGUGCGUCAAGAGCGACAGGCGCAAAGACUGCUGCUGCUGCUGCUGCCACGAGUCGCACGCACGCCAAUGUUCUGUGCCAUGAGUACAGCCGCGAGUGCAUCAAGGACUACCGCCGUGUCGUGGCCGCCGACAACGAGAUCUUCUACAGCGAGUUUGAGCGGCUCAUGUCACUACGGUGCGCAGGUCCGCUGGCGAGGCUGAUGAGCGAGUACGUGUCGAAAAAUCAGCACUUGCAGCAGCCGAUUCAGAGUAAUACCGUGUACAAUAAGUUCGUGGAGGGGUGCCACAUGGUGCUGCACAGGACCCCGCGUCUCUCCACGGACAACGAGCGGCUGACGAUAAUGCAGGAGGGCGUCGAACGGUACGUCACGUCACGCCUCUACCACCAAAUCUUCAACGUUUCUGAGGACGAGCGGCGCAAAAACGAGCGAAUGCAGCAGAAGCUCCUGCGGCUGGAGAACAUGGCGCCAGCGGAUUUGGAUGCGUUGCCAGAGGUGGAGCGUCACCACGUGUGGGGCCAGGCAAUGUUUGAGCUGGAUGGCAUGGACUUCUUCAAGUCCCCACGAGAGAAGCUGCGGUGUGGAAUGCGGUCAUGCGAGCUGUUGAGCCUCGCGGUCGGUGACAUACUUCGACAGCGCCGCGAAGCCAAGCGAGCAGAGAAGGCUGCCAAAACCGCCGCCUCCGGGAACGCCGGUGGUGUUCCGCUGGCGUUCGGUGCCGAUGAGUUUUUGCCCUGCUUUCUGCUACUUGUGCUCCGCGCUCGUCCGCUGAGCUUUGUGCAGAACGUGCUUUACAUUGAAAAGUUCCGCUGUCCUGCACUCAUGUCCACUGAGGAGUCGUACUGCCUUGCGACACUGCAGUCGUCCUUGCUAUUCUGGGAGAACUACGGCGAGGACGGCCAGAUGGAUCCCACCUGUGACACAAUCUCCACGUCUGGUAGCGUUGAAGCGCCGUCGCACAACGGGGGGUCGGCAAGCAUCCGGGCGCUCACCAAGGCGCACCCGUCACUUUCGGGUAUAAUGCAGCAGCAGCAGCCACCGCCACAGAUGACGGAGAAAGAUCUGUUGCCCUCUGUGCGACAGGCGUCCUCUACUGGUCGCCACCCGGCCGGGGUGACAAACGCCCGUCAACCAGGCAGCGAAGCAACAGCACUCUCAGGGGGGAAACCGAUGGAAGAGGGGGCGCCAACCGUCCUUGAUGUGCUGUUUGGCUGGGCGAACCGGAAUUUGGCUCCGCUCGCCAGUGAGAUUGGCCUGGGUAAAAAAUCUGGUGGUUCGGAUGGAGACGGAUCAUCACGUCAAAAUGACGGCCUCGGGACUAAGCCGGCUUCUUUCACUGGCCCAGUUGCGGUCACACACGUGUCACCACCGUGGGGCACCGUCGCGGCGUCUACCUCCGCUAGCGGAACGGCAGAUGUGGUGCAAGAUACGAGCUUUUCUUCUAAUAUCUUUCACGCCGCCGUGGCACCAGCAUCAUCACCGCCCCACCUUGGCUCGAAUAUGUCGUCGCGCGCCCGUGUGAGGCAACUUCUGGUGACGCAGAAUAAGACCUUUGAACAGCUUACGUUGGCAGAGCUGCAGAUGAUUGUCGAAGAAGCUCGGCAGCUCCUACUCGAGGGCAAGUAG